GCCCGAGCGUCGCCAGCCGCCGGCCGCAGCCCUCUGUCGCUGCCGCUGCUGCCGCCCACGCCUGGCUCCCCCCUCCCCCCCUCCCCUCCCCUCCCCCGCAGCUCAAGGCGAAGGGGUUCGACAGGACCGCGUCGCGACUCCUCUCGCACGCGACGCGAUCCGGACCCUUCGACGCGACGGAGCUGCCGACAGACCAGCACUCGGCGGCGCUGCAGGAGGAGGCGAAGCUGCUCGCCGCCGCCGCGCCGCCGCCGCUGCCGCCCGCCGCUGCCGCCAAGCCGCCGCCGAAGCUCGUCGCGCUGCCCUCGCCGCGGCCGUCGCGCUCGUCGUGGCUCUUUGGCUUUGCGCUGCUUGCCCUGCUCGCGUCGCUCGCGGUGGGGAAGUGGAUGGCGGUGCCGCAGCAGAGCGGCGCCGUGCAGUGCAGCUUCGGGCUGCAGGGCUGCGCCGCGGCGGCCGACGGGCCCCGCGGCGACUGCGCGGUGACAUGGUCGCCGCUGCCGCAGUGUGUACCAAAGCAGUAGGACGCGCGCUCGACGGGCCUCGGCCUCGUGCGCUGCCGGCGGCCCGGCGGGCACGGGGCGGGCGGCGGCGCUCCUCAGCAGCGGGCGGGACUCCUCUGGCGCGCACGACGCAGCAGCCGCGUUUCCGCGCGCCUCUCGACAACGACGAUAGCAUACCAUGACAGGAGCGUGCGGGCCGCCGGAGAAUACAGGGAGGACGGGGUGGAGGGAGACGGGGCGGGGGGGCUGGAGCGUGCGGCCGCGCGCGCGGUGCUCCUGUCACGAACGUGGGUGGUCGUGGCAGCGAGACGCACGGUCGCGCUGGACCCGAUCGCGAAAGCCCUCGAACCGGGGUAGAUAUCUGUGUGCGCGCGCGGGGCAGUUCGCCUGUCGUCCGACGUUCUGUCUCCGGCACAUUACGGUGUCGUCGUCGUUCCGCGAGAGCCAUCCGGACGCCCCCCCAUCACUGUACUCUUUCCUUAACUUAAUUUCGAAAGUGUUUGAACAUCGU